AUGGCGCAGUGCGUGCGUCGGUUGGUGCUGGCGGCGACGCUCGCCGCUGCGGUGGCGCUGCUGCUGUGCACGAGCAGUGCGCCGGUGGCGCGUGCUGCUGGGACGGGCGACUUCACUGCGGCGCAGCGGACGAACACGCUGGCGGUGCUGCAGGCGUUUGGGCGUGCGAUCCCUAAGCUUGGGGAGAAGUGGGCGGGCAACGACUUCUGCUCGUGGGAGGCCGUCUUGUGCAAUGCGCCGGACGUGUACGUGUCGGGAAUCAGUCCGACGUAUGCCGGCACGCUGCCGGAGAUGCCUGUGAACGUCGACUACAGGCACGUCGUGAUCAAGCAGCUCGACUUUUCCGAAAUGGGGCCGGGGCUGAGCGGGACGCUGCCCGCCUCAUGGCACUCGAUGACAUCUUUGGAGUCGUUGUCGAUUGAAAAGUGUGAAAGCAUCUCCGGCAGUGUGCCCCCCGAGUGGGGCUCGAUGACAUCGCUGAGUGUUCUCAAUCUGCGGGGCACAGGCAUCUCCGGCACGCUGCCGCCCCAGUGGAGUGGGAUGUCGAAGGCCCGGUCCCUGCAGCUGCAGGACUGCGACCUGUCCGGCAGUCUGCCCUCUUCGUGGUCUGCGAUACCGAUGCUGGCUUCCGUCUCUCUUAAGGGCAACAAGUUCUGCGGGUGUGUGCCGGACUCGUGGGAUCAGAAGGCUGGUCUUGUUGUGGACAUCGAGGACAAGCACAAGGGCAGCGACUGCUUGGCUGCUAAGGACUGCACAACGACCACCACUAAGCCCUCCGCCACGACAGCGACCACCCCGAACCUCACUAACUUUCCCCCUACGCCGAGGACCACGACUGAGCCGCUUACCACAACCAGCACUGAGGCACCGGCUGAACCCACAACCACCACUGAGGCACCGGCUGAACCCACGACCACUGCUACCCCAACAAACACGCCGACUCCUGCACCAGAGACGGAGUGCGAGGUGGAUGGGUGUGAGGUGUGCGAGGGGGACUCCGCUGCGAGGUGCGCGAGGUGCCGUGAGGACUACUUCCUGACGGACGAGAAGACGUGCCUGAAGCACAACGAUGGCGGUGUUGCUGCUGUGUCGAGCGGAGUGGCAGCAGCAGCUGUUGUGUGCGUGGCUGUGCUGUUCAGCGUGGGGCUGGCGGCGUGA